GCGCGGGCUGCUGCAUGGGCACAAACUUUCCGCCUCGCGGCGCGCCGGGCUGCGGAGCGCCCUGAGCCCGGGAGGGAGGACGCCGCGCACCGUCCCAGGUAACGGGGCUCCCCCUGUGCCAGGCAGGGCUGCUGAGUUGCAGCUCUACGGAGCCGCCUGGUUUCGCCGCGCUCCGGGCUCGUCCUAGCAGAGCCUGAUCCAAAGCCUGCCGGAGUCACUGAACCAGACCCAGCUGUUGAAAUGGGUUGUGGAUUAAACAAGUUAGAGAAACACGAUGAAAAGCGCCCUGGUAAUAUCUAUUCAACUUUGAAGAGGCCCCAGGUAGAAACCAAGAUAGAUGUUUGCUACGAAUAUCGUUUCCUGGACUUUACAACACUGAAUGAUACUGAGCUACCAGGAUCAUCUGCAAUCAAGCUUUCUUCCUUGCGUGAUCUUCCAGCUCAGCUGCAAGAGCUGUAUCAGCAGGGCUUCAUCUUGGCUGCUGUCCACCCUUUCGUGCAGCCAACUGAUGAAAAAGAAAGGACUCCCCAGGAACAAAUCUUCAGGGCUGUGCUGAUCAAGAAAACAGAAAGAUCUCUGAAAAAUGAUGUUUGCAGUGAAGGAUAUAUGUUGGAUAUAGAGUGCUGCUCCUUCUCGGACCAACUCUCUGACAAAAAUAAGAUACCAGAUUUCAUUAAGAAAAUUCAUGAUGCAGCAAGUCUAGGCUUGAAGUUUGUUGGAGUCAUACCUCAGUACCAUUCCCAGAAGAACACUGUGAUGCCCACUGGUAACAACUCUGUACAAGUGAGAAAUGUAAAAAAAGCAUCGGGCUAUCCUGAGGAUCAUGCUUCAUUGGAUAACGAGAAAACAGAUGGUAUUAAUGGGUGUAAGACUCCAACACCAAAUGAGGGAAACAUUGACCAAUGUGCAGAGUCAAGUGACAGUCAGGAGGGUGAAGGACAGGUUACUGAGCACUUGAGCUUAAAUUCUGCAGGGGAAAAUGGAGAGCAAUUACAACAGGAGAACCUGAGCAUUUCACUAAGGCUAACAGAAACCACAGAUGAGAAGGAAGGGGCAACAGAAAGUGACGCGUCAGAACCUCUUACUGGAACAACAGAAUUCUUUGUUCUCUUCAACAAGCCAAAGACCCAACAAAGAUGCAACCAUUAUUACGCUGUGACAAUUCCUAUGAGGAUCUCCAGAAAUGGGCAGACAGUCAACAGCUUAGAAGCAAAUUGGCUGGAGUACAUGUCAGAUCACUUCAGAAAAGGAGGCUCACUGGUGUACGCCAUGUUCAGCAUUGGAAUGGUAAAUGAUUCCUUACAGGGAUCGAUAGAUGGUGUGUUUAUCUUUGAGGAUCUUGCCAUUGAAGACAGUAAAACAAUACAGCCGUACGAUGCUAUUGUUGUUGAACAAUGGACUAUUUUGGAGGGGAUGGAAGUGAAGACAGAUUAUAUUCCGCUGCUGAAUUCUCUUGCCGCAUAUGGUUGGCAGCUGACAUGUGUGCUUCCUACUCCAAUUGUAAAGACAAACAGGGAGGGGAAUUUAGCCACUAAGCAGAUUGUCUUUCUUCAGAGACCCUCUCUACCCCAAAAAGCAAAGAAGAAAGAAUCUAAGUUUCAUUGGAGAUUCUCCAAAGAAGAGAUGAGCAAUAAACAAUCAAAGAAAGCUAUGAAGGCUAAAUUAAGUGCUAGGGAUAAGCCAACAGCAGAAGAAAGGCAGGAGUCCACAGUUACAGAGAACGUAAGAAACUUAGAAACACCAUUAUCUGCAACUGAAAGCAUUGACAACAGGAAGGCAAUCUCAGAUCAACAGCUGGAUGAUAUCACAGACACAGACAUGGGAGCUGAAAUAUUGGGAGACAGAGACAUAUAUAUCCAUAGCAGUGGGGAAGCAGAAGAAAAGUGGCCUAAAAAUUGUGAUACUCAUCAAAAUGAAUUGGAAGCAUGCCUGAGUCAGGAGGGUAUGUCUGAUCACUGUGGGGACCAUGUAACACAUGAAGAAAGUUGUGCUCUAACUACUGAUACUUGGGAUGGAGGUGAUGGGGGAGGGUCCAUGGACCUGUGUGGUGAUUAAUAAUUUACAUCUUAAGAGUACCAAGAGUUGCAGGUAUUUUAGCAAAAUAAAGGACGGGUUUAACGAAUCAUCCUGUCUAAUUUCAUUGCUCAGUGCAACACUGAAUUUAGUAUUACCCAAUCUUAUUCUCUCUCCUAUUAACAUAUACAGACUAAUUUAAGAUUUGAAAUUAUUAUUGGGCUUGCUUUUGCUUCCACAGAAUCUAAUGGCAAAAAUGCCACUGAAGUUACUGUGGGUGUGAAUUGAUUAUUACUGGCUUUACCUGUUUAAGGUACAUUUGAAAUAUAUUAUGAUUAGCAAGGUGGAAAUAAAAACACUUUUUAGGGUUUUAAAUCCCUUUGCUAAUUUUGAUAAAACCAGGCUUAUGUCCACUAUUUCUAUUAGUACAGUGGAAAUGCUUUGCUUGAUCAAAUUUCCUUAUGUAAUAUUUUUAUCCAAGUAGAAUUACUUUAAAAAUGCAUUACAUCUUAUGGUAUUUUGUCAUUAAGUUUGUAUUGUUAAGGAAAUGGCAUUUUGUCUUCAAGAGGCUGGAUGAAGUGGCUGUAGUUGUAUUUAUCUUAAUAUAUUUACUUGCUGAUAUGCUCUUUUGGGUUUAGUUAACUCUUUCCAAUAUUGAAAGCAAUAAUCAAAUCAUGAACAUUUUAAGAGGAACUGAUGGAGAAACAAAAUCCUGCUAUGAAUAUGUUGGGCUGUUAAGUAGGCAGUUCCAACAUAAUGCUGAAUUAAUCCCAUUCUUUUAUGAUAGCAUUAUGGAUUUUUAGGUUGCUAACCAGCCUUUCUUCAAUAUUUGUUGGGGUUUCAAGAAAGAGAAGAGCUAAGAAUAAGAAAACGGGAUGUAGGAUGUAAUUCAGUAGUUGUACAUACUCACUAAAAUGAACAUGCUCUUCACAACAUGCUAGGACUGCAGUUGUAUUUUUUCACCAUUUUUAAUUUAGAAUGUGUCACAAGAAAGCUAUUUGAUUUUUUUUUCCCCUUUUUUUAAGUUCUAUCAGGCAAAUGUCAGUGGAAGCCACAAAUAACCCUGACAAAUGCAAGUUGAUAAUUUAACCCUCCCUUAUAUUAAAGGUAACUGUUUUUCAGCUGAUGUACAAACUUUAUUAUGUAAAGUGGUAAACAUUUUCAUGUUUGGAGAUAUAUUAAAAUCUUUACAGAAAAAUGUAUGUGUAAUAUUUUUUAUGAUAUUUGUAUGUAUUCAGACCUUUUUCGUUGAAUUAAACAUGUCAAAUUCUGUCUUUCCUUACU